AUGAAGGCUGAACAGGACGACAAUUCAAUUGACGAUGAUGAUCAAAAAUGUUACCUCUGGCGUCGCCGUGCUAAAUCCGAAUCCCCAACUGAUGUUUAUGAAGAUAAGCGGUCGUUUUUCCCCCAGGACAACAGCCAAGUCAAUGGAUUCAAUGGUCUGGAGCAGCCGAAAAGCUCCAAAAAAAGUCCCCAUCUGGUGCAAAGGACUCAGGUGAACCGGGCUCGCUUUAUUCUGGCAAAGAUUGCCAAGAACGAAGCGAAGGGCAGAACACAUCCGAAUGAUGCGCGGGACAAGGUCCGAUGCCUGGCUACGAUCGAGAAGUUCGAGAAACACAAACGGGAGAAUCCCCCGGACUUCCAGCUUCCAAACCCACAGCCGAAGCAAAAAGGACCGCCAGUGAAAAGGCGCAGAUCGGCCAAAAGGUCAAAGGCUGGUGGCCCACCUAAGACUAAGAAGUUGAAUGAGGUGGUAGAGGACAACCUAGUAAUGGCCCUGGUGGACGAGCUCCACGAUGAUGGUCGUCUGCUGAACGAAAAGUGGGAGGAGAUUGAGAGCAUAUUGGCAGACAUGGUGACCGACAGACUCAUGGCCGUGCCACAGGGUCCCAUCCCGUCCUUCGACUCCUCCGAAGUGAUCCGUGGUCACCGGGUGAUCAGGUGCGACGACGGGUUCUCGAAAAUCUUCCUGGCAGAGUGCGUGUCCCGUAUUGGUGACUCUUGGAAUGGCCUACGCAUCAGGCUCGUCCAUGCCAGCCAGAUUCCCCGGAGACCUCAAGCUCGCAUCUGGUUGCCCAAGGGGCAAACGGAUUACACGAGGGUCAUGAGCUGCCUCAGAGCUCAGAAUCUGGACGUGGAUAUGUCGGACUGGGUCAUUCUCAGGGCCGAGGAAGUCUUGAAGGCAAGUCAGCCUUUUGUGUUGCUCAUAAACCAUCGUUGCCUCCCGCAACUGGAAGCCUCCGACUACAAGGUUCGCUACGGCAUCAGAAUGGCCAAGGUCAAGGUCCUUUUAGCCGAAACCGAUAAGUUAUCAGAGGAAGACGUCGAGAUUGUGUCCUGGAAACGUGAAGAGAACUUCCCAAGUUCCAGUAAAUCUCGUCGUUCUUCCAAAGAAUGA